AUGGCGGGUAUGGCGGAGCAAUCCCGACCCAUGCGGUCGAACAAAAACAUGACUCGGGAGUUAUGUUCUCCCUCCGACACUACACCAACACCACCAUGCCGCCCCAACCAAACCGACCCCCUCCCCCCCGGCAUCUGGGCCCCCACCCAAGUCUUCUUCACCCCCUGCACCACCAAAAUCGACCUCCCCACCACCGCAGCCCACGCCAUCCGCCUCGCCCGCGCCGGCAUCACGGGCAUCGUAACCAACGGCUCCAACGGCGAAGCCGCACACCUCACCCCCGCCGAACGCGCCGCCGUGGCCCGCGCGACGCGCACAGCCCUCGAUUCCGCCGGCUUCGCGCACGUGCCCGUCCUCGCGGGGGCGUCGGACGCCUCGUUAAGUGGGACGGUUGCCCUAGCAAGGGAGGCAAGGGAGGCGGGCGCCGCGGCGGUGUUGGUGCUGUGUCCGAGCGCGUUUGGGUGGGCGAUGCGGGAGAGGGGGGUGGUGGUGGGGUUUUAUAAGGGGGUGGUGGAGGGGUGUGGUGGUUCUGAGGGCGGUUUGCCGGUGGUGGUGUAUAACUAUCCUGCGGCGGCGGGCGGGUUGGAUUUGGAUUCGGAUUUGUUGGAGAGGUUGGCCGAGGUGGGGGUUAGGGGGGUGAAGUUUACGUGCGGGAAUGUGGGCAAGUUGGCGAGGGUGGCGAGCUUGACGGCGGGGAGGGAUGGGGGUGGGUUUAGGUGCUUCUCGGGGGUUGCGGAUGCGAUUGUGCCGGCGCUGGCGGUCGGGGGGCAUGGUGGCAUUGUGGGCGCUGCGAAUGUGUUUCCGAGGGCGUGUGUUCAGGUGUAUAAGUUGUUCGAGGAAGGGAAGUGGGAGGAGGCGCGUAUUGCGCAGCAGCGCCUGGCGCGCGCGGACUGGGCCAUGACCAAGAGGGCCAUCCCCGGGUUCAAGUCGGUGCUGCAAAAGUAUCAUGGCUAUGGCGGCAUCCCGAGGCUGCCUGUGCUGCCGCUGUCGGAGGAGGAGGAGGGGAAGCUGUUUGCCGAGAUCGAGGAGAUGAUGCGUGUGGAGGCUGAGUUGGAGGACUUUGGGAGGCCGAGUCACUGA